AUGAUGGUGCACUGUGCUGGCUGCGAGCGGCCCAUCCUCGACCGCUUUCUGCUGAACGUGCUGGACCGCGCGUGGCACAUCAAAUGCGUUCAGUGCUGCGAGUGUAAGACCAACCUCUCGGAGAAGUGCUUCUCGCGCGAGGGCAAGCUCUACUGCAAAAAUGACUUCUUCAGGCGCUUCGGCACUAAGUGUGCAGGCUGCGCGCAAGGCAUCUCGCCCAGUGACCUGGUGCGCAAGGCCCGCAGCAAAGUCUUCCACCUCAGCUGCUUCACCUGCAUGGUCUGCAAUAAGCAGCUGUCCACGGGCGAGGAGCUCUACGUCAUCGACGAGAACAAGUUCGUGUGCAAGGACGACUACCUGAGCUCGUCCAGCCUCAAGGAGGGUAGCCUCAACUCAGUGUCGUCCUGUACGGACCGCAGCUUGUCCCCGGACCUCCAGGACCCACUCCAGGACGAUCCCAAGGAGACGGACAACUCGACGUCGUCGGACAAGGAGACGGCCAACAACGAGAACGAGGAGCAGAACUCGGGCACGAAGCGGCGCGGCCCGCGCACCACCAUCAAAGCCAAGCAGCUGGAGACGCUCAAGGCCGCCUUCGCCGCCACGCCCAAGCCCACGCGCCACAUCCGCGAGCAGUUGGCCCAGGAGACCGGCCUCAACAUGCGCGUCAUCCAGGUGUGGUUCCAGAACCGACGGUCCAAAGAACGCCGGAUGAAACAGCUGAGCGCCCUCGGCGCCCGGAGACACGCCUUCUUCCGGAGUCCGAGGCGCAUGCGCCCGUUGGGCGGCCGCUUGGACGAGUCUGAGAUGUUGGGGUCCACUCCGUACACCUACUACGGAGACUACCAGGGCGACUACUACGCUCCGGGAGGCAGCUACGACUUCUUCGCGCACGGCCCGCCGUCGCAGGCGCAGUCCCCGGCCGACUCGAGCUUCCUGGCCGCCUCGGGGCCCGGCUCGACGCCGCUGGGCGCGCUGGAGCCGCCGCUCGCCGGCCCGCACGCCGCCGACAACCCCAGGUUCACCGACAUGAUCUCGCACCCGGACACGCCGAGCCCCGAGCCGGGCCUGCCGGGCGCGCUGCACCCCAUGCCCGGCGAGGUGUUCAGCGGCGGCCCCAGCCCACCCUUCCCCAUGAGCGGCACCAGCGGCUACAGCGGACCCCUGUCGCACCCCAACCCCGAGCUCAACGAGGCCGCCGUGUGGUAA